AAAGAUCUGUACAAAGACGUCAUGAUGGAGGAUCAUCAGCCCCUCACAUCACCAGUUGAGGAAGGGACCAGAACACUGGAGAGAUGUCCCAGUUCUCUUGUACAACAGGAUGGUUCAGAAGAACAUCACAAUGUCCCAUGGGAUGAUCAGCUUGUGAAUCCAGGUGAAGAUCUGAACAAUAUUAAUCCUACAGAGACAUAUGUGAGGGGUGAUGAGCAGAGUACAGAGGACAUUACUACAGAUAACCGCCCAGAUGACUGUACCAGGAACUUAAAUAAACAUCUCAUAUCUUCAUAUUUUGAAGUAGCUGAUCAUGGUAUCACACAAGAUACAUAUGAAGAGCAUAUCCAAUAUCCAAGAUAUAUCUUCAUCCAUUCACAGCAAAAAUGUAUCACUUGAUCCUUUUAAACAGGUCCAAUCUUCUGAUUCAUCACAGACUGUAACACAAAAUAAAAGUCAAGGAAGAAGUGUCAAACAUCAAACAGCUCACAUGAAAAAGGAGCCAUUUUCAUGUUCAGAAUGUGGGAAAUGUUUUAUCCAUAAAUCACAACUUGUUAUACAUCAGAGAACUCACACAGGGGAGAGACCAUAUUCAUGUUCAGAAUGUGGAAAA